AUGGCCGCGUCAAUGAUGACUUCGACGAUUAGCUCAACGAGUAGCGUGAGUGGAGCGUCAUCGUUGAACUCGUUGAACACAAGCGGAUCUUUUACGUUUCGGAAGGAUGGGGAAGAUGGGUUUACGAUCUACAACGGUAGCAGUUUAAGCAAUGCGAAGAAAACAGCGCCAGAGUUGAGCGUGGUUUUUGAUGGACAUAAAAUAGAUCUGUUCAAAAUGUCAGACGAGAAGAAGUGCAUUGCAACAGCUAGACGCGUUCAGAAAGGGAGAAACGUAUAUUAUGGGUUGACUCUCGUGAAACGUAAUUGUCCAGUAAUGCUAGUGGAUAGGAAAAGGGCGUUUACUUUGUUAGACGGAACAGAAUGUCGACCAAAGUUGGAGGAGAAAAGCUAUACUGUCAUUGACGCACGUUCUGGACUCGCAAUGGCUACACUUGAACGCAAUACGCGGUCUUUUAGCAAAUUUGGCGUCUUGAGGCUGUUUGCCGCGCUGGACACGGACAGUCUUACUUUCUUGUUCAUGAGCGUUGUAACCCUGAUCAAGCUGCAAAGAGAUAGAGAUUCGUUUAAUAAUCUCAGUGGUAUUAUCUAA